AGGCGCAGACGAGCGCGGCGUUGAGGCUGGAGGAGAGGCGGGAUCCCCUAGGUGGCGAAGGGACGCUCCGGGAAAGCGAGGGGCGCCCCGAGCUCUGGACCACGUGACCUGCCGGGGGCGGGAGCAGGGGGCUGCCUGGGGGAGGGGCGUGACCACCCGCCUGUCGCCCGAGGCGGCCGCCGCUGCAGCCUCGCCGCGCACCCGGAGCUCGCCGGCCCGCGGGAGAAAUGUUGCUGAAGUGCUGCUGAAAGGGCCAGAGAUGCAAGGAUUUGGGACACAUUUUGAACCUUUAAGCUGUCUGACAUUGACCUCCUUUCAUUAUUAAUAAAGAAGAAGCAGGAGCUUAGGAUGUAUUAACACCAACUCAUUAAUAUACUAACCGGACAGUGUUCUGCAAACAAUUCUGCAUUGUAAAGGACUGGAUUGGCACAAAAUAAAAUUAUUUCAUUCAGCUUAUAAUAUGUCUCAAUGGAGGAAAACUUGAUAAGCAUGAGGGAAGACCAUUCUUUUCAUGUUCGUUACAGAAUGGAAGCGUCUUGCCUAGAGCUGGCCUUGGAAGGGGAACGUCUAUGUAAAUCAGGAGACUGCCGAGCUGGCGUGUCAUUCUUUGAAGCUGCAGUUCAAGUUGGAACUGAAGACCUAAAAACACUUAGUGCUAUUUACAGCCAGCUGGGCAAUGCUUAUUUCUAUUUGCAUGAUUAUGCCAAAGCAUUAGAAUAUCACCAUCAUGAUUUAACUCUUGCAAGGACUAUUGGAGACCAGUUGGGGGAAGCCAAAGCUAGUGGUAAUCUGGGAAACACGUUAAAAGUUCUUGGGAAUUUUGAUGAAGCCAUAGUUUGUUGUCAGCGACACCUAGAUAUUUCCAGAGAGCUUAAUGACAAGGUGGGAGAAGCAAGAGCACUUUACAAUCUUGGAAAUGUGUAUCAUGCCAAAGGGAAAAGUUUUGGUUGCCCUGGUCCCCAGGACGUAGGAGAAUUUCCAGAAGAAGUGAGAAAUGCCCUUCAGGCAGCAGUGGAUUUUUAUGAGGAAAACCUAUCACUAGUGACUGCUUUGGGUGACCGAGCAGCACAAGGACGUGCCUUUGGAAAUCUUGGAAACACACAUUACCUCCUUGGCAACUUCAGGGAUGCAGUUAUAGCCCAUGAGCAGCGUCUCCUUAUUGCAAAAGAAUUUGGAGAUAAAGCAGCUGAAAGAAGAGCAUAUAGCAACCUUGGAAAUGCAUAUAUAUUUCUUGGUGAAUUUGAAACUGCCUCUGAAUACUACAGGAAGACACUACUGUUGGCUCGACAGCUUAAAGACCGAGCUGUAGAAGCACAGUCUUGUUACAGUCUUGGAAAUACAUAUACUUUACUUCAAGACUAUGAAAAGGCCAUUGAUUAUCAUCUGAAGCACUUAGCAAUUGCUCAAGAGCUGAAUGAUAGAAUUGGCGAAGGAAGAGCAUGUUGGAGCUUAGGAAAUGCAUACACAGCACUAGGAAAUCAUGAUCAAGCAAUGCAUUUUGCUGAAAAGCACUUGGAAAUUUCAAGAGAGGUUGGGGAUAAAAGUGGUGAACUAACAGCACGACUGAAUCUCUCAGAUCUUCAAAUGGUUCUUGGUCUGAGCUACAGCACAAAUAACUCCAUAAUGUCUGAAAAUAAUGAAAUUGACAGCAGUUUGAGUGGUGUACGCCCCAAGUUGGGACGCCGGCAUAGUAUGGAAAAUAUGGAACUUAUGAAGUUAACACCGGAAAAGGUACAGAACUGGAACAGUGAAAUUCUUGCUAAGCAAAAACCUCUUAUUGCCAAACCUUCUGCAAAGCUACUCUUUGUCAACAGACUGAAGGGGAAAAAAUACAAAACUAAUUCUUCCACUAAAGUUCUCCAAGAUGCCAGUAAUUCUAUUGACCACCGAAUUCCAAAUUCUCAGAGGAAAAUCAGUGCAGAUACUAUUGGCGAUGAAGGGUUCUUUGACUUAUUAAGCCGAUUUCAAAGCAAUAGGAUGGAUGAUCAGAGAUGUUGUUUACAAGAAAAGAACUGCCAUACAGCUUCAACAGCAACUUCUUCUACUCCCCCCAAAAUGAUGCUAAAAACACCAUCUGUUCCUGUGGUAUCCCCCAACACGGAUGAGUUUUUGGACCUUCUUGCCAGCUCACAGAGCCGCCGUCUGGAUGACCAGAGGGCCAGUUUCAAUAAUUUGCCAGGGCUUCGUCUAACACAAAACAACAGCCAGUCAGUACUUAGCCACCUGAUGACUAAUGACAACAAAGAUGCUGAUGAAGAUUUCUUUGACAUCCUUGUAAAAUGUCAAGGAUCCAGGUUAGAUGAUCAAAGAUGUACUCCGCCACCUGCUACCACAAAGGGUCCGACAGUACCAGAUGAAGACUUUUUCAGCCUUAUUUUACGAUCUCAGGCAAAAAGAAUGGAUGAACAGAGAGUUCUUUUACAAAGAGAUCAAAACAGAGACACUGACUUUGGGCUAAAGGACUUUUUGCAAACUAAUGCUUUGGUGGAGUUUAAAAAUUCAGGGAAAAAAUCAGCAGGCCACUAGUUACUAUGGAUAUAUUUUUUUCCUUUCAGAAUACGGUAAGGAAACAAUCUAUUACUUCUUUCCUUAAAAGAAGAAUUUAUAGCUCUGUAAUACAGCUUACAAUAUUUUUAGAAUAAUGUAAAUAUUUAACCUUCAGUAGUCUAUUAUUAAGGCUUUAAUACUUCUCUGGACACUCACGUGUUUCAAGGUGGAGGUGUCCUGUAAGGUGCUUCAUCAUCUGUGAUUAUUACUUGGGAUGUGUUCUUUGGCAGCUUGUUAGAUUACUUUACCUAGUGUUUGUGAAGUAGGAAGUUAAAUGAAUCAUAGAUUAGAAUUUAAUCCUCUUACAGAAGUUUUUAAAAUCUUAAUUGACAAUGGCAUUUUUUAAUAUACAACCAUGGAUGUAGUGGGAAACAAUGCUGUUUAGUAAAAAUAAUGUACUUGACCAAUGUAAAAAAGUAUAUAAAAGUCUUA